AUGUCACAUUCUGUUUUUGUUGUAAUCACCUUAAAACUUUCUCAAACAUUACAUUCUCUGUUUGUUGACCUUAAACAUUCCCCAUAUAUCACAUUCUCUGUUCGUACUAUUCACCUUAAAACUUCCUCAUAUGUCACAUUGUCUGUUCGUUGUAUUAUCCUGAAAACUUUCUCAUUCGUCACAUUCUCUGUUCGUUUAAUUCUCCUUAAAGCUUCCUCAUAUGUCACAUUCUCUCUUCGUGGUAGUCUCCUUAAAACUUCCGAGUACGUAAAAUUCCCUCUUCGUUGUUUCCUCUUUAAUACUACCUCAUAUAUCAAAUUAUCUCUUCAUGUUAUUCACCUUAGAACUUCUUCAGUGUCACAUUUUCUGUUCGUUGUGUUAUCCUUAAAUCUUCUUCAUAUGUCACAUUAUCUGUUCGUUGUAUUCUCCUUAAUACCAUAUGUCACAUUCCCUGUUCGUAUUACUCUCUUUAAACUUUCCUCAUACGUUACAUUCCCUGUUUGUUGUAUUCUCCUUAAAACUUCCUCAUAUAUCACAUUCUCUCUUCGUGUUAUUCUCCUGAAAACGUCCUCAUUUGCCACGUCUAUUCAUGGUAUACUACUGAAAUCUUCCUCAUAUGUCACAUCCUCAGUUCAUGGGGAGGAAAACUGA